AUGUUAUCAGUAUUAGAUAGAGAGGACAUUCUUAUCAAGGGACGAGAGAGACUCGUCCGGGAAACAACACGCGAAUGUUUGCUCUGUCAUUUGACAUCAAAUCGAUACAGAUCCAGCGAAAUGAAGAUGGUGAUGAAACCGAACCUUAGUGGACCGUACCGGAAAGUAUUUAUUGAUCUCGUUACGUUCCAAAUUGAAACGCAAAAUCGCGAACACGCUGUCAAUUGUCUCACGAUGGUUGACGAUUUCUCAUGCCGCCUAACUUAUCGCUUUGUUCGAAAUAAAACUGCUGCUGUCAUAUCAAAACGCCUACUUGAACUCACCUGCGAAGUCGGUGGACUUGGCCAGAUGGAAGUCUUUAGCGACAAUGGACUUGAAUUCGUCGCCUCCAAGACUCAAGAUCUUCUUGAAUACCUUCAAAUGCACGCCGGACAGAUCUCACCAACAAACGCUAGAGCCAAUAAAGUCGAGCGCUGCCACAAAUCUAUUCGCGAUAAUCUACGAGCCAUCGCCCUUACGGAAUCAAACGUUCAACACAAAUUCGAUCUCGCGGUUUCGACAUAUAACCAUCAGGUGAAGUCAAGCCUAGACAUGAUGACUCCCAUGGAAGUUUUUGGUAUCAAACCUCCAAGAUACUUUUCUGCUUAUCUCCAACACCGCCAAAACGAAUCGAAAUGCGAUUCAAUUCGAGAAUUCACUCAAAAUAUCAAUAUUCUCUUCAAAAAUCUAGCUUCAUUCAAGCUCAACAGAUAUCUCUUCAAAUCGGAAGACUCGACACCGCUACUUUCGGAAGGCGAUAUUGUUGUCUUGAAAGAAAACAGCCUCAGAAAACAUGAUCCUGGUCUUUCUGGACCAUAUGUGAUCACGAACACGCGUUCAAACAACUGCCACGAUAUCGAAAAUCUCUUCACCAGCCAAAAGCUGAUGCGAAAUGGCCGUUUUCUGAGAAAGGUUCAUCUAAGCGAGGAAGAUAAGAAAAAUCUGACGUCAAAGAAUUUGUUCAUCAGAAAAUCCGGACAUAUUCUCUUCGACGAUAACGAAAUAGAUCUUGCGAAAAGUUCACUUGAGCAAGAACCCGAAUUUCUUCUUCAACCCCAGGAAAGUAAAACUAAACCAAAACCCAAAUCCGAUUCCAAAGUAGAAAGCUCUUACAAUCUGCGCAAAAGAUGA